AUGGCAUACUACUAUCCCAUUUCCUUGCAUGGUUUGACUGAUGUUUUCUACUUAAACCAUCCAAUCUUUUCUGUUAUUUUUAAUAUAUUGGACAUGAAUGAGAUCACAAACUCUGUGUUUGUGCUUCAGGGUCUGAACGACUCACUGACGAACCGUCAGAUCUACUUUGCCCUCGCCCUGACGUCGUACCUCUUCACCAUCUUGGUGAAUCUGACCCUCAUCCUCAUCGUGUGUCUGGAUAAAGCCCUGCAUCAGCCAAUGUAUGUCUUUAUGUGCAACCUGUGUGUAUCUGGGGUAUGUGGGGCCUCCAGCUUCUACUUGCAGCUGCUACUCGACCUUCUGGAUGAUGCUCAUAUCAUCUCAUAUGCUGGUUGCUUUGUGCAGAUGUUUUUUAUGUAUGCUUACAUCUUCUGCCAGUUCACCAGUCUGACCGUCAUGGCAUACGACCGCUACCUGGCGAUCUGCCAGCCGCUGCGUUACUGGGCUCUGAUGACUGUCCAGAAGGUGGCUCUGCUGUUGCUGCUUAUCUGGUUUCUGUCACUGCUGGAAACAGCUGUUGGCUGCAUACUGAUUACCAGGCUGCCGCUCUGCAGCCAUAUCAUUGACAGAAUCUUCUGUACCAACUGGGAGGUGGUGAAGCUGUCCUGCUCUGACACCACAGCCAAUAGCCUCUACGGCAUCGUGCUCAUGUUCCUGCACUGUCUGCAGAUUGUCGUCAUCAUAGUGUCAUAUGUCCACCUGAUCCGAAGCGCUGCCCGGUCUCAGACAGACCGCAGGAAGUUUGUUCAGACCUGCAUGCCUCACCUCGUCUCACUGCUCGUCUUCUCUGCCUCAGUGUUGUUUGACACACUAUACUCUCGUUAUGGGAUCAACUCCAUGCCGGCUCUGCAGAACGUGCUGGCUGCAGAGUUCCUCGUUGUACCGCCCAUUGUCAACCCCAUCAUCUACGGCAUGAACCUGCAGCAGAUCAGGACACGGAUCCGCUUCUGGUUCAAAUCAGAAAGCCCUCGCAGAGCAUUCUUUAAAUAA